AUGGAAUGUAUCAGGCUGUUAGAUACGCUGGAUCUUUUAGGGCACGCAGGCGUUUGCGUGGGUACCGAAAAUUCUCAGCUCCUUCAAAACUCUUUGUUAAUUCUGCAGAACGAAAAUCAUUUCCGCAAAUGCUAUUACUGGGGACGAAUUAAUGGGAUACAAAACGACUACCAUGUUGCUUAUGGUUACGAAAAGGAAUGUCUUAGUGGUCGGGUAUAUUUUUAUAGCACAAACUGCCUAGACUGGCUGUUGAUGCCCAAAGUGACAAAAUGCGGAAGGUUUCUAACACCAUUGGCGGUGACAAGAUUCGAAGGUGAUCCGUCGAUAAUCACCAACGUUUAUAAGGCGAAUCCACCUUUUCCACCGAACGAAGACUCCAAGCGGCAUUAUGAUGGGCCUAUUCCAAAAGAAUUAAAGGAAGAGGAUCGUCUGGCUUCGCUUGUAGAACUAAUAAACGAAGAUGCGUUCGUCGUUCCCAGGGGCGCUUGGUUCAAGUCUCCCAGUGGAGAAGUAAUAGAAAAUGCGGGAUUCGAAGGGAUAACUUUCACCGAGGCUCAACAUCUGCGAUCAUUUUUGCACGGUCGACUUCCGCAACAAAAGUGGAAUACGAAUCUGCUGACUAGAUCAGAUUACAAUUACGCUGUUGAUUUUCUAGACACUAUCGACACGGAUGUUCCAGAAGGAUGCUGGAAUUUACAAUUCGUGCUUGGAGGUCGUAUGGUUAUUUUACACAGCCUGUACUGGCCGGGAAUGACUUUUUAUCAUAAAUUGAACUCACCUCAUUACGGAUCAAUGUACAUCGGACAUGGGAAGAAGAAUUUAGAUGUACCAUUCAUGGUUUGAUAUAUUUCGAAAACAUCUGCCCGAAGAAUAAAAAAUUU